AUUUCAGAUUUUAAUCUGUGAAUAUUUUGAGUACUGAAACUUGUUUGUGUUCGAAAUUCUAAAUAAAAACGGAAUAAAGGUUGUCAGUCUAGUAAAAUUUUAAUUUUUAUGAGUUUUUUAACUCUUCAAUAUGGUCAAUGUGGUAAUCAAGUCGGUGAAUCUCUGUAUUCUACUAUUUUCGAAGAUAUUAAAAAUGACGAAACCUCUUAUUUUAACAAGUCGUUGACUAAAUGGUUCAAUGUCCUACCAAAUAAUAAUUAUGAAGCUCGAUCAAUCCUAAUUGAUACAGAAACAAAAGUAAUAAAUGAUAGAAAGGAAACUCCUUAUGCUUUCAAGAAUAUUAUAGCUGGUUCCUUUGGUGGUGGUGCAAAUAAUUGGGCAUUUGGUUACAAUGUUCACAGUCACAUAAUUAAAGAUUUGAUGAUCGACAAGGUGCGUUUAGAGGUUGAAAAAUGCGAUUAUAUGUUAUCCUUUUUGAAUAUCCUGAGUUCAUCAGGAGGAACUGGUUCUGGAGUUGGUAGCAGAGUUAUAGAAGAAUUAAGGGAUGAAUAUCCAAAUAAGCUGAUAGUGAAUGCUAUAGUGCUACCUUACCUAAAUGGUGAAAUCGUCACUCAAAACUAUAAUACAAUACUCUCUCUAACAAAGUUACAUGAGCUAUCUGAUGUUGAGAUACUUUUUGAGAAUGAACAGAUACAUGAACUUUGUGUAGAAAGAGUGUAUGAUAGCCUUAAUUUCUCUGACUUGAACAAGCUUAUAGCAUUCCAGCUAGCUUCAAUAUUUCAACCAAUAGGAAACGAAAAUAAUGCUAUUUUUCUCAGUCAUUGUACAUCACAUCCUCUUUUCAAAUACCUUCAAAUAAAAUCCUCCUAUUACAAUUCCAAACACCCAAAAUUUGAAAGCAAUCAAUGUUGGAGGGCUCUAUUAAAUUCCACAACACGACAAACUAACUACGGAAAGAAAUUGAGGAGUAAUUCAUCAGUUAGAAUUCAGGAAAAAAACAUCACUUCUCUUGUAAUCACCAGAGGUGAGGAUGAACCUGACCCCAACGACUUCAAGGCUUUGAGAGAUCCUUCUUGUUAUGUUAAUUGGAUGCCAACUAAUAAUUGGUUUUCCUAUCAUGAAAUGAGGAAAAUUUGUGGAAAUAACAGGAAUAUAACAAUAGCUACAAAUGGGAAUAGUAUUUGCCAUUAUUUAAAUUCGAUUAUUGAAGAUGCAUGGAUGCUGUUCACCAAAAAAGCAUAUUUACACCAUUAUCAAAAGUUCAAUGUGGGAGAUCCGGAGUUUCGUGAAGCUUUUCAAUUGAUUGAGAACGUAUUAGCUGGAUAUAAACAUUUGUGAUUAUUCGUCCAAUAUUUUCAUAAUUCGGCAGUAUUUCCCUUGAUCUGAGAUAGAAAUGUGUAAUAAUGAUUGGAAAAUAAAAUAUAAAUCGAAUCUAACUUG